AUGUCAGGGCGUGGGAAGCAGGGAGGUAAAGUCCGAGCAAAGGCCAAGUCGCGCUCGUCGCGGGCUGGGCUGCAGUUCCCCGUGGGCCGUGUGCACCGACUUCUCCGGAAAGGUAACUACGCGGAACGGGUAGGAGCUGGAGCGCCUGUUUACAUGGCGGCCGUGCUGGAGUACCUGACAGCCGAGAUCCUGGAGCUGGCGGGUAACGCGGCCCGCGACAACAAGAAGACGCGCAUCAUCCCCCGCCACCUGCAGCUGGCCAUCCGCAACGACGAGGAGCUCAACAAGCUGCUGGGCAAGGUGACGAUCGCGCAGGGUGGGGUGCUGCCCAACAUCCAGGCCGUGCUGCUGCCCAAGAAGACCGAGAGUCAUAAAGCUAAAAGCAAAUAAUUUCACAGAGUAAAGCGGCUCAGAGUUCUCACAGCAUAACAUUAUAAUCCAAAGGCUCUUUUCAGAGCCACCCACACAGUCAGAAAAGAGUUGUGUUGCUUUAUUUACAAGUGUGCUGUGGUG